UGGGCUUCAGGCCACAUCCCCAGGCCUGUGGAGCUUCUUCAUGCUGUUCCUCUCCCUUCCAGGAAUCUGGGGCCCAGAUGGAGAACAACUCUCUCAGCUAUGAGUUCGAGUACGGGGAUUAUGUGGACCUUCCAGAUGUCCCUGUGGACUGCUCAGGUGGCACAUGCCUGGCCACUGACACCUUCCAUGUGGCCCCACUGCUGAUCUAUGCUGCCAUCUUCCUGGUGGGGGUGCCGGGCAACCUCAUGGUGGCCUGGGUAUCAGGGAAGUGGGCCAGCAGCAGGGUCAGGGCCACCUGGUUCGUGCACCUGGCAGUGGCCGACCUACUGUGCUGUCUGUCAGGGAUGCUCCUGGCGGUGCCGCUGGCGCACCGUGGCCACUGGCCAUUCGGGGCGCUGGGCUGUCGCCUGCUGCCUGCGGUUGUGCUGCUGUCCAUGUUCGCCCGGGUGGUGCUGUUGGCGGCCCUCAGCGCAGACCUCUGUCUGCUGGCGCUUGGCUCUGCCGGCUGGGCUGGGGGGCCUCGGGCUUGCAGGGUGCGGGUGGCCCAGGGCGCGGCCUGGGCAGUGGCCCUGCUGCUCACGGUGCCCUCGGCCCUGAACCGUCGCCUGCACCAGGAGCACUUCCCGGCCCGGCUUGAGUGCGUUGUGGACUACGGCGGCUCGACCAUCUUGGAGGGCACGGUGACUGCCGUGCGGUUCAUCUGUGGCUUCCUGGGGCCGCUGGCACUCGUGGUCGGCUGCCAUGGUGUCCUGCUGUGCCGAGCAGCCCCACGUCACUGGCCACUGGGCACAGCUGUUGCGGUGGCCUUCUUCGUGUGCUGGGCCCCCUACCACCUGCUGGGGCUGGUGCUGGCCGCGGCUGCCCCACACUCGGUGCUCCUGGCCCGAGCCCUGCAUGCUGAGCCCUGGGUCCUGGGCCUGGCCUUCGCUCACAGCUGCCUCAACCCCUUCCUCUUCCUGUAUUUCGGGCGGGCUCGACUGCGCCAGUCUCUGCCUGCUGCAUGUCACUGGGCCCUGCUGGAGUCCCAGGACCAGGAGGACAGCGUGAUCAGCAAGAUGUCCACCAGCCAGGAAAUGGUGCUAGAGAUGGAGGUGUAGACAAGGAGGAUACUGGCUGGUAAUCUAGCCCAUCUCGCACAGCUGGCUUCGGGGGGAGCUGCAUCCAGGGGUGCAUGGAGGUCUUCAUUUCCUUCAUUCGUUCAUUUAUUCAAUCAACAAACAAUUAUCAAGUGCUUGCUGUGUGCAAGGCCCCGACAGAGGCACUGUGGCCUGGCAGACAGCAGAACCCACACAGUGCUGACAUCCUGCUGGAGGAAAGUGGGCAGGAAGCAAAGUAACGUGGGCAGAAUGGGGACCGAGUCCAGAGUGAUACAUGCAAUGAUAUCAG